GUCACCAGCGGCUUCUUUGUACAUUGUUCUGUACAUAAUUUAUAAACGGUUAUGUCUCUGAAUAAUAUAUGGCGUCCAUUGGUGAUACACAGAUGCGAAAACAACUGCGAGCUUGUAGGCGCCGCCAACGACGCUAUCUAAGGUUGAAAGGAGGCUCAAAAUCAUCCAACAAAAGAAAUUCUUUUAAUGUUAAAAACUUUGACUCAAACUCGGAGGAAGUGUACGUUGUGGAGAGUAUUCGUGAUGAAAGAGUUAUUAAAGGACAGAAGUACUACAAAGUGCGUUGGCAAGGAUUUCCGCCUGAAGCCGAUAGUUGGGAACCAGAACAAAAUCUCACCAAUGUGUUGAAUAUAAUUUCAGAGUUCAGUAGUAACUUAAACAACAAAACUUCGGAUAACUUAGAUGUACAUAAAGAUUGUCAAAGUGUUUGCGAGAACUGUCCAGCUUCUGUCCCAACGCCUCCUGCUACACCAAGCUUAGUACUUCAAAACUUACACGAUCGCUUGAGAGGCUCGAGUGAAGAGCGACAGUUGAAUAACUCUGUGAAGCGUAAGCAUUGUACAAAGUCACGGACUAGUGGAAGAUAUGAAUAUGUUCCAAAACAUCAGUUGGUUGCCUCAAAGACGAAAUAUUUUGACGAUAUUCGUGAUGGGAAAAUCGAUUUGUGCUCAAAUGACCUUUAUUCACGUGUUAAAACCCGCAAGCGCUGCGCUGCUGAGUCUGCUAGCAAUUCUGUGAGCAAUGAAUCUACUCAGAGCCGGAAUGGUAGUCUUCAGGGCGAGACAGAAUUAGAGUGUGAUGCAUCCAUGGAACAUUUCUCAGCAUGUUCUCCGAAACGUGAGCCAGUAUCACCAUCAUUUUCAUGUUUGAGCACUAAUGAAUCCUGUCAAGACUUUAACUGUUCGUUUAGUGGUGAUGGCCAGAGACAAUCAGUGUUCCCUUUGGGUGGCUCUGAACUUUAUCAUACCGAAACCACUGGAAAUGUAGCUACUACAAAUGUUUCUCCAUCGCACCAACCAGAUAUCAUUUCAAGGUUCAAUAAUAAGGCUGUUCAGUCAGAAUCCUAUUCAAACUCUUCGUCAAAAGGAAUAUCUUGCAACCUUUGUCUCUGUAAUGCUAUGUCCAAAGUAGAUGUUGGAUUGUCUCCAAUAUGUUCACAUUCCUUAGAUAAUAAACCAAUUCAGAUAUCUGAGAAUGAAAGUACCUCUAAACUUAAUGUUAUAGAACAAUCAGGAACUUCUCACAGUAUAGGUAACAACCUGUAUGAGCAGAGCGUCUCAUCACUACGCGCACUUGUAAAUAUUUAUUUCAACUUAAUUCUGUCGCAUAUUUCAAAUGACGACCAAUUGACGUGUGAUGGACAACCAAUCGACUUUCAUCGUGAGCUUCAGUGUCUACCACACUUAUGUGUCUAUAACCAUUUAACCUCCAUUCAGACGCCCGAAGAGUAUCUGAAUGCUAUUAAUAACCAAAGAUGGAGUCUUAUCGCCACUAUGCCCUCGAAAAACGUGUUUUCAAAUAGCUCUGAGGCUCAAAAAAGCAGUAUUUAUUCUCCACCAUUGGAGAAGACGCAUAAAUCUUGCAAAAGUUCUAAUAAAUCAGAUUUCGAAGAAGAUACUGGUUUCAAAGGGGAUGCAUUAUUGGCAUGUAUCACUGGUGGUGCAGGUAGACCGUUAGUUUUAGAUCGACUGCUUACCUCUGGGUUGGAUCCUAAUGAAGUUGUUGAACCAAAUUCUAAAUGGCCGUUGUUAGCUGUAGCGGUUUGUUUGGGCCGUCUACAUGCUGCUCAAGCAUUACUUGAUGCUGGUGCUAAGCCUAAUUGUGUUGAACCCAAUCGGCGGCAACGAUCAGCUCUUGGUUUGGCUAUAGCAGCAGGAGAUGUUGAUAUGGCUAACAUGCUUAUUUUGUCUGGUGCGAACUUUUAUGAGGUAGAACCCGGAACAACUGCUCUCAAUCUCAUCAUGAAGCUAUUGAAUGCACAUUUGUCUGUGCAACAAAGUCCCAAAAUUAACUAUCGUCAGAUAAACAAAUCGUAUCUUGCUCUUGCAGAACUCCAAGAUAAACUGCGCAGUGUGGAUAGUCAAUUUCCUCCCGUUCCUACACCUUCCUCACCUAAUGGACUGAAUGUCCCCAGUUUACCUGAAUCUCACAUUUUUAAUGCACUUAUAAGCUCAAGCGUUGGAAAUCACUGUAGUUCUUCUCAGUUAAAUAAUGUGGAUUGUAACAUUUCACUAUCCGGUAAUACCUUACCCUCUGUAUACAGUUUACGCAGACUUCAUGAGCUUAUUGCAGCGCAUCAUGCCCGUUUGUCCAUGAAUGUUACUAAUUUGGUACGAACAUGGCUUACUAGAGCUGAUCUUGUUCAAGUUGGAUUAGUCUCCCCUUGUCAGUGGAUAAGCGUCCGUCAAUGUUCUGCUUCACUAAAAUUUUCUUGGCCAAAUGAAUUAUGCAACUCGAAAUCGCAACCAAAUCGUGUAGUUGCACCCAUUCUAAUUUUAGUUCAUGGUCGAAUUGCACCUCCUGCUUGUUAUGAUGUUUGGAUGGAUGAUGAUGGUCCGUGUGUUAUAGAACGCGUUUGUCUUGAUCAAACCUAUACUCAAAGGGCAUUAAAUCGAAUGUUAUUCGUAACUACGUUAUAUCCGCUUGAUUGGAAUUCAUCAAAGCCUCAAGAACAUGAAGUCGUAAUCGAUUUUAAAUCAGAUAGUAUUUCAUACAUUCAUUCUACACGUCCGACAUGUGUUGCAAUUAUGAUUGUUGCUGUUACUUUAUCUCAAUCGAAUGAUAAGGAAAAAGUAUCACAACAAAGUGGAAACUUGAAUAAUAAUCAGUCUUCACGUUCCUCUAUAGAUAACAAUCAGUUGACAUAAAAAUAAUCGAAAUCCUUUUGUAUAUGUACUACUUUUAAUUAAUUUAGCCUAUUUUCUUUUUCUGAAAAUAACGUCAGCUAAACUAGUCAAAAAGAAAACAAUAUAUUUUAUUAUUUCACUGUGAUCGUUUGGUAUAUGUAACAAAAAUUAAUUUUGAUUGACUGGUUAUACUAUAUACCUAUAUACCUAUGUGCUUUCCUAUAUAUAUAUAUAUAU